GAGUUUAAAUAUCCCAUACUAUUGAGUUGACCUAGAUCUUGCUUAUUAUUGAUAAGCCACAAUGUCUCAGUUGAUAUCAGAAUUAGGCUCAAAUGAUGAUACUGAUAUCAACACAGAAGAACUGCCUCUACAAUAUUCAAAAUCUGUUAUUGCUGCCAUACAAGAGAUAGUACCUGGAGAAGAUCCUUUUGACUCCCCUGACUUCAAUGCAGUGGACUACAUCAAUGAGAGGUUUCCUGCCGAGCAGUCCCUGCAUCUGCUGGAUGAGGUCCUCGAGGAGAUGAGGGUGAAGCUCUCCUUGGUUGAGAAUGAAACCCAGCAGCUGGUCAGGCAGCUGGCUAUCAACUCACAAAUUGGGCAAGAUUCACUACAGAGUGCAGAAGAGUCCAUUCGGCAACUUUCAGCCAGGUUUCAAGAAAUUAAGGUGACAUCUGGAGAGUCUGAACAGCGAGUGCGAGCCAUAACCCGCGACAUCCGCCAGCUGGAUACUGGCAAGCGAAACCUCACGACCUCUAUCAAUACUCUCAACCACCUGCAGAUGCUUACCGAGGGCGUCGACAAAAUAAGGAGCAUGAUGGCAGCACGGCAGUAUGGUGAGCUGGCACCGCUGCUGCAGGGCGUGCUGAACGUGAUGCAGCAUCUGUCACGCUACACCCACAUCCCGCAGGUCAAACAGCUCUCUGAUCAGGUGCUGCAGAAUCAGAAGGAACUGGAGCAGCAAAUCCUGGCAGACUUCAGAUCAUCGACAGCAUCCCUAGCAACGCCGUCCUACCAGCUGGCAGAGGCUUGCCUCGUUGCCAAUGUCCUUGACAAGAAUGUCCGACGGAGCAUCAUGGAGCUGGUGGUGGAGCACCAGCUGGCUGAGUACCGGGCGGUGUUCGCGGGCUCAGAGCGUGACGGGUGGCUCACCUGUGUCGACCUCAGACGGAAGUGGUUCCUUAGAGCCGCCGUCGAGUUCGAUAGAACACUCGCCCAGAUGUUCCCUCCCGGCUGGAAGGUACCUGCUCGCCUGGCGUACAGCUUCUGUCGCCUGACACACGAGCAGCUGACGCAGGCGAUGGCGCUGCGCACCGCAGACAUCGACUCCACCGCCAUCCUGCAGGCCCACAGGUUGUUGUCGGACAUGGAGAGUCUGAUCAUACAGAAGUACGGCACCAGCUUCACUUAUGAAGAUUUACUCGACAACAGCAACGAAAAAUUACCAAAGCCUUCUGAUGUUUCGCCAAGAAGUCCUGUUAGCGCCACCUCUUCUGCUGGUCGCUUCACGCCUCGCUCCGAAGACGUGAGCUCAGUUGCGGCCAGCAACAGCAAUGCCGGGGAAGACAGCCAGCCUCCCCCUGCUGCUGCGCCGAGCCCUUACGACGGAGCUAUAACAAGCUGCUUCCUGCCUUACCUUCAUAUUCACCUUAAUACUUUAGACAAACGCCUGGGCGAACAAAUCGAGCGCUUCAUGAGUGCGGUGAAGAGCUACAGCUUCGACCGCGUGGAAGAAGAGGAGAGCAAUGUGAUGCCGUGCUGUGGUGAGCUCUUCACGCUGUAUAAGAACAUGCUGGUGGAAUACCUCCGCGUGUCCCAGCAGGGCUAUGGCCUGCCGAAUCUCAUAGCGAUUUUCCAGCGACGCCUGCGGGAGUUUGCCACGAGGGUCCUGAGGGAAGCUUUGCCUCAGGCAUCACAGCAGGGCUUUGGCACUCUCCCUAAGGACAUGAAAGACAUUAGUGCCAUCAUUUCUCAGGUCCAGUCUCUACUGGUGCGAGAAGGUGGAGAGAGUCUGCGUCUGAGCUCGGAGGAAGAGGUGCGCAAAGUUUGUUCAGUGUUGGUGUCGGCCGAAUACUGCGCCCACAUGACCAACAAACUGCAGGCCAAACUGCUGGAGAAGUGGCAGUUGGCCCCUAAAUCCAUACCAGAUCCAGAUGCACCUCGGAAAGUUCUCGCUGCCUCCGCAUCAAGUGCCAUCAGUUCAGCUCCUUCAAACAUUUCUUUGGCUGCAGAAGAGGAACUUUUUCAUGCGGUGCUAUCUCAGUGCAUCCUGCUGCUGGUGGGCCACGUAGAGUCGCUCUGCGAUGGAUAUCUGGCGAGCAUCCCGAAGCUGAACUGGCUGCUGGAGCAGACAGGCGACCAGAGCUCGUACGUGUCUCAGCUCUCAGCUCACCUCAGCACCACCGUGCCUCUAGUGCGCUACCAUCUCCACACCUCACGUAAACACUUCACCAGAUUUUGUGACAAGCUGGCUGCAGGGAUAUGCAUAAAGUUCACUCAACAGGUGUAUCGCUGUCGGCCCAUCAACAGCAUCGGGUGCGAGCAGCUGCUGCUGGACUGUCACGCUCUCAAGGCGGUGCUGCUGCACAUGCCUGUCAUGGCCUCCAAGGUGAUCCGAGAUCCUCCCGUAUCCUACACGAGGAUGGUUACCAAGAGCCUCGCGCGCCCUGAACUCGUUCUUCAGGUUGUGAUGGGAGAGUACAGCUCGCCGAUGCAGCUGGUGGAAAAGAGCAUCCGCCUCAUGCCUGAUCUCUCACUCGCCGACUUCCAAAAGGUGCUGGAGCUGAGAGGCAUCAAAGAUAAAGCACCGCUGCUAGAGAGCUACAGACAACGCACCUCGGUUGAGUCCGACGCUUCUGCAACAACCAUCAAUUCAACCACCACAACAACCAACACAACCAACACCGCUACCGUCGCUUCUCCUGAACACGAACUUAGCAGGAUAGCCAAGCUUGAAAAAAUGCUUAAAGCUCGAAGGCUCAUUUAAAUAAUCAUCAUUUGUGUUUGUUGAACGAAAAUUUGGUUGAAAACAUAUUUCUUUGUGUUGAACAAAUAUUUGUUUACGGAUGUUAUUUUUUAAAUAAUAUUUUUGGUUGUACGGAUAUCUUUUUGAGUUCGAUAAAUUAUCUGGUAGAAAUAAUAUUUGAAUUUGAAGAUAAUUUGAAAUUUUAGUGUAAGGUUAUUUAUUAUUUUUUUUUUUUUGUCGCACAAAUGAUAGGUGGUACGGAAACUUGGUUGUGCAAAUACUUUACUUUUUUUGUAAAUUUGGUUGUAUUGAUACUUGGUUCUAUGGAUAUUUUGUUGUUCAAUAUUUGGUUGCAUGGAUGAAAGUUUGCAUUGAUUUCUGUUGUAAUGUUAUUUAGUUGCGCAUAUGUUUCGUUAUGCUUUAUUUGGUUUUGAAUUCAUCUUGAAUUCGUUGCCAGAGAGGUACGGUCGAGCGGGCAUUCCAGUUAUACUUAUACAAGUUCAAGUCAAACAUAACUUCUCAAGAGUUAAUAUAACA